CACAACACAGUCAUAGGUGUAUAAAAACCUAAAAACUACACGAUUUAUAAAUGUUACCAUUUUACAUGGACACAAAGAUCUUAAAAAAUUAAAGAAAAUGUCUUACAAGAUACAAGAUACACACAGCAGGACCGUGGGUCCAGGAAGAGCUUCAAAUUUAUACGAUUUUCUCAGUCCAAGCUCUGAAUCAACAUACAACCGGGCAACUUCACCACAUGAUGAAAGAAGUCGUUUUGAUACUCACAGUAAACCUAUUACAAGAAGAGAAUUUCUUUCCAGAGACCACCAACCAUCACCAACAAUUUCCAAUGAAGGGGAAACCAACGAACACGAUAGACACGACCGAAUAACAACGACGAGAAAGGUUUAUCUUUCCCAUGACAAGCAGUUAUCACCAAAUGUCGCAAUCGAGAAUGACAGGACGAAACGUAGAUCACCAAGAGAAUCCUCACACGUGGACCAACUUCUAACUUUGGUUAAGGACUUGCAGAAAGUUGAUAUUGAUACAAUAGAAUCAUCUCUGAAGGACACAUCAACAGAACAACUGAAGUUAGAGUUGCAGAAACAAAAGGAGGAAUACAAUACACUUAAAGAAGUUUAUGAUGAAUUCAAAAAAAAAUAUCAAGAAGCAGUAGACCAAAAUGAUGAAAUAAUAACUAAAGCAAAACAGUUAAUAAAAGACGCAAAACAAAAAGCGAGAACAGAUUCUGAGGAAACCAUUAAAAAACUGAAAAUGCGUCUGAAGGAAAAAGACGUUGAAUUAACAAAUCUCAAGUCUGAAAAGGAUUCAGCAUUAUCCAGAUUAAGCAAAGAAAUGGGCGACAAGUUAAGUGAAAACAAUGCAGGAAUAGCUGACCUUAGUGACCCUAACAGAUCAACAAAGCUUGCAGAGAAGUACAACAAUUUGUAUGACAAUGACUGGACAGAUGCUUUAGAGAGCCUCACUACUGAAAGUCGUGUAGAUGAAGAAGCUGGUGUCAGAUUUUUAUUAGAAAUAAUGAAGCAUGCAAGUUCAUUCUGUAAAAGGGCGCAUCUGGAAUCGUUGCAAAGUUUGGAAUGUAUUUUAAGUAAUCCUGUAUCUCCUAUAGGACAUGCAACAGAUAGCAGUGCCCAGAGCGGAGCAGACAAACAAAUUUGGCAAAUGCUUGAAACAUGUGUCAAGUUGAAAGCCAAGACGGCGAUUCUUAAUUUGCAAAAGAGCUACAUGGCUUCCAGUCGUAAACCAAUUUACGCAGAAAGAUUACCAGAGUAUGUCAAUAAAUGUAUUGAAAUUUGCUGGUUAAUGAAUACCCAUAAUCCACCUCUUGAGUUUGCUGAACCUCCAAUGUCAGGACAACCAUAUGACAAAGAUAGCUAUAAAGAAUUUACCAAACAAGGGGAUACAGUUUCGUUCGUUGUUUGGCUCCCAUUGUUGAUUGAAAAAGAUGGACCAGUUCUUACAAAAGGAGUUGUUCAACCGAUUCCAAAGUCAUUUUCAACUUCCGUCUCUAAAACAAAACGAAAUAUAUCGGCCGAUAAAAUGAAGGUUAGGGGUCGACAAGAGUCCGAAAGUGAACGACGUCAACGAUUAUUGCACAAUAAAGAGGUUGAACGAAAGGACGUAUACGAGCAUAACCAAUUAAAAGAAACAGAAUCAAGGUUUAAUGACCUGCUUAGAGAAAACCAACAUCAGCAUCAUGAUACCACUGACUUACGUAAAAAGUAUGAAGAAGAAAUAGACCGUCCAGGUUUAGAUAAAAAUGAUCAUCGUGUAAACGAGAUGUUUCAUGAUUCUCCAUAUCGACCGUAUUCUUCAAAUACAAGGAGUACCACAGCUACUUCUGCAUCUGCAUACAAAUAUUCGCCCUCGUCAGAACCAGCAUCGGAAAACUACAGCAGCUAUGGACAACAUGGAAAUUACAAUAGACCACAUUCAGCCUUUACUGAAAGACACACAGAAUAUGAUUAUAAACAUCAAAGACCAAAAACAGCAGGAGUAGAAUCAAAAGGGAACCCUCUGACGUACUUUGAUCCAAAGUCGGCGGAAAUAUAUGAAGCUGGGCGGACAAAGUAUGCCCUUUACCAUAAUCAGCUGUAUGUACAUGAUAGCGAUAGUAAUACAUGGCGUCCUUCGAGCGGGUUUAACACCUAAUUGAACGCAGUUAGCUUGGAAUUCUUUAAAAGUAUUUUAGAACAUUUUUAUAGUUGUAAUUCAUUGAAAGUUGCAGAAAUAUAGACACAGAUUUUAUCUUUCAACUCAAUUUUGUAGUUUUAUUUGACAAUGGAACUUAGAUUUUACUCAUAUAUAUGUAAAUAGUAGUUAUUAUGUAAUGAAUUGUUUUAAAAAUGGUCGGCAUUCCAAAGAAACAUGUAUUUUCCGCCUAAUUUUGUCUACACAAAGAUACCACUAUGUUAAAUAAGUAUUUGCGAUUAAUUUUAUUGAAUAAUUUCAUUUAAUAUUUGAGGUUCAUUGCAUAAUUUUGUUUUGCAAAAAUAUGUGUUGGUAGA